AUGUCACUCCCGCGCUACGAAACGGCGAAAGAUCAUUACCAGGCUGGGAUCUCGGCUCUGGCCCCGUACCUCGAUAUCGAAACCCUCCGUGCCAUGGUACAGGCCAACCGCCGAUUCUUCCACAUUUUCAGCUCCUGCCUUUGGGAGGACCCUGUCAAGUAUCUGCUCCUGUCUGAUACGCAUAGCCCGUUCGAGCGUUUUGUCGCCCUACUUCUCCGCCCGCCGUUCCAAAAGAACAAUGUCUUUGUCAAGUCUCUUGACGUCCGCCCGAUUCUUCAAGAGGCCUUCAAGCGCCAACAUGAACGUGAUUACUGGAAGAAUGAACCAGACUUGAAUCUCGAAACUGUUCUCAGGUUUAUAACCAAGAUGCCAAAUCUGAAGUAUCUGAUACUUGACGGCAUGCCAUCGGUCGGCGACGGCACCUACCGUGAUACCAGCCCUGGGUCCGGCCUUGACAUGCUCGUCUUCAGCGUCGCCAGCUGCUUCACCGUUGAUGUCAGUCUGGUGCUCAGGCAGCCUCGCUUCCACCAUCUCAUGUACCUCGACAUGUCGGGUACCGACACGACCCAGAGUAGCUUCUGGCAGCUGGAGCAUCUGGACCUCCAGAACCUGCGCGUGCUGAAGAUGCGUCAGCUGCGAUUGACCACCAUCCCGAACUUCGUCCUCCGAUGCGGACCGCAGCUCUGGAGCUUAGACGUGAGGGACAACUUUCUUGGAGAUCCGCAAAUCCGGCGCCUGCUCGACUUCUGCAGACAGCCAGACCUUCCUGGUGUAGCCGACCCCGUCAGCCCGGACGACGAUGCGGCCAUGUACGAAUCUCCGCCUGUCUACCAGAAGCACGAUCACGGACCCUGGUCUACGCUCUCCACGCGACGACCCGACUCCGCCUCGGCAGUGAUCCGGCACAUGGAAGAGCACGCCCAGAGCGAGAACAGCUCGAUGUACAUCCAGAGCGGCCUCACCAACCUCUAUGUGUCCGGCAACAGGCUGACCAGCGAGAUCCUUGUCGAUCUUCUCAGCACGCGGAACCGCCUCCAGGUCCUCGACAUCGGCACCGUCCGCGCCGCCAACAAGAACAAGACCAAGAACCAUACCACCGACCUCUUCCCUGCAGCGCCCCCGCACGCAAGCGUCUGGUGGUCUCCUCCGUCUCCCAUACGCCCCUCCGCGCAACCCUCCCCCAUCCAGGACCUCCGCAUCCACCACUCGUGGGCCACCUACACGCCCACCAUCAGCAGCAGCAGCAGCAGCACGGAUACCUUCCACCUCCCCCACCUCCACGACGCCGAGGUAUUCGGGAGCGCAUACACCUCCGCCCUCGAUGCCGCCGCCGCAGAUCCACUAGCUGCCGCCACAUACCACCUCACCUCCCUCACCCUCACCGGCAUCCCGACCAAAUCCCACGGCUUCACCAUCGAGCAGCUGAUCCGGCUCCUCCGCCACGCCGCCGCCCAAGCCGAGCGCCUGGCGCGGGCCCGCUCGGCGCAAGCCUCGGCGCAAGCUCCGGCGGGGACUCUGCUCUCCGGUCUGCGCCUUCUCCGCUUGGAGUUCGUCCGGACGGAUACCGGCCAGGAGGAGGAGGAGGAGCAGGAGGAGAAGGAAGACGAGGAGAUGGAUACCUUUCUGGCCAGCACGAGGGGUGAUUUUUCUUUCUUUAAUAACGAUGAUGACGAUAAUAAUAACAAUAAUGAUGACGAUGACGAUAAAGGGAAGGGAGACAAGAAGGCAAAGGGUAAAGAGCAGACAAACAUGCAGACGAGAGCGAGAGCGAAAGUGAAAGCGAAAGCAAAGCUCCCGCCGGCUGAUGAUCUGCGCGACGUCGUAGCAGAGCUGAAAGCCUUCCGCGCGAGCGCGAGCGGCGAGGUCCCGAGAUGGAACGGCACCUUGCAGCUGGUUGUGCCUUUGACGGCUUCCUGCUGA